CUGGUUGAAUCAUUCAAAAUGGUCUGGAAUCUCAACCCCUUCGCAACCCCCAACUUUGCAUCCAUGGUUUCCCAAAGUAAGACAGCUACUGCAAGGUCUGAAACCAUCACCCAGGCUUCGGUGCCUAGAAAACUUGCAGCAGCGGGCGCUGCACCUGCAGAGGGCUAUAGUUGCGAAUAUGGAUCAUUGAAGUAUUUCGCACUAUGUGGCUUUGGAGGAGUCUUGUCUUGUGGUCUCACACAUACUCUAGUCGUACCACUUGAUUUGGUGAAAUGCAGAAUUCAAGUGGACGCUCAGAAGUACAAGUCAAUUUUCACGGGAAUGAAAUUGACUGUAGCUGAAGAGGGCACGCGCGCUCUUGCACGAGGGUGGGCACCUACCUUCAUCGGUUAUAGUAUCCAAGGUUUGGGUAAAUUCGGAUUCUACGAAGUAUUCAAGAAUUUUUACAACGGUUUGCUGAAUGAAGAACAGCAGUACACCUACAGAACGUAUGUUUAUCUUGCUGGUAGUGCGAGCGCUGAGUUCUUUGCCGAUAUUGGCCUGGCUCCUUUCGAAGCCACAAAAGUAAGAAUUCAAACGAAGCCGGGAUUCGUUGGUACAAUGCGAGAAGGUAUGCCCAUUAUCUACAAAGAUGGAGGUAUCAACGAAUUCUUCAAAGGACUGCCGCCAUUGUGGGCCCGACAAAUUCCAUACACUAUGAUGAAAUUCGCAUGCUUUGAAAGAACCGUCGAAGCUCUGUACAAAAAUGUAGUGCCCAAGCCACGGGACCAGUGCACCAAGGGCGAACAGUUGACAGUCACAUUCGCUGCUGGUUACAUUGCUGGUGUGUUCUGUGCAAUCGUAUCGCACCCUGCUGAUACGAUGGUGUCCAAACUAAACCAGGCUAAGGGAACUGGAGUUGGUGCCAUCUACAAGCAAAUUGGAUUCAUGGGACUCUGGAAGGGACUGGGUGCAAGGAUCAUUAUGAUUGGUACCCUCACUGCUCUACAAUGGUUCAUCUACGACACUGUGAAGGUCGCGCUGAGACUGCCAAGACCUCCUCCCCCCAAGAUGCCCGAGAGUCUGAAAAAGAAGCUGGAAGCCAAGUCGUAAGCCGAUCAAUCAAAACAAUGCACUCUAAGAGAUGAAAUAGUUGAAGAAUAAUUUUGUGGGUCUUUUAAAGCUUGUUAAAACGAGUUUUCUCUCAAAUAGAUUUGAAUUAUGAGCAUAAAAGAUCCCUUAUUUUAGCCUCAAUCAUUUGUCUUGUUAACCAAUAAUGAAAUACUAAUCGGUAGCUUGCUGCUGAAAGAUAACCAUGUAACUAAUUAAUGUAUGUACCAAUAAAUCGUCGGAGAUUACUUGACAA